AUUGCGCUGCCAUUUAACCCUCUGCCAGCGCACGAUGACUAGCAACAGGGGAGGAAGCAGGUAUAGCCGAUACUCACGCUGUACGGACGAACAGAGCACAGAGCUGGGACUGCGACUGUUGCUUGGCUGUGGAAAUUGUACUUAAGGCGCUGCCAGAGGACGAAGGGAAUCAUUAAGGCAUUUGAUUUCAUAGCAAUACAAGCUCGUCUUCAGAAAACGAGUCAAAUAGUUUUAGCAAGCAAAUAGUCAGCGUAGAAGAUUAAUCAGUGCAAAUACAACAAAAGAGUGUUUUAAGAAAAGAAAAAAUUGUUCGAAUUACGAAAAACUCAUUCAAUACUUAAAAUAAUUCAUCAUAAAUAAUGGCAAGUGUGUGUUUGACGCAAACGGGCUACCAACAACAGCAACAUCACUUUCAAAUGUUGAACGGCAACAUAAUGUUGUUGCAGAAAGCGCAACAACAACAGCAAACGCUACAGCAAAGUAACGUCUACCAAGCCAAGAAGCAACAGAACAUCGCGCCCGCACCCAAAAUUCUGGGCAACAGCAAUUUGUAUAACAUCCAAAUGGGUGCCGGUGGUGAUGACCUGCUGCCACGUAAGAAGUACACCUACAUGAAUAUGCCCUACGGCGAACAAUUGCCGUCGGUGGCGCGUCGCAAUGCGCGCGAGCGCAAUCGUGUCAAGCAGGUGAACAACGGUUUUGCCAACUUGCGUCAACAUCUGCCACAGACGGUCAUCAACACGUUGUCGCAUGGUGGACGCGGCGCCAGCAAGAAACUAUCCAAAGUGGAUACGCUACGUAUUGCGGUUGAGUAUAUACGCGGUCUGCAGGACAUGCUUGAGGAUUCGCAACCCAGCGUGGCAAAUAAAAUGCACGUUGGCACGGCGCUUUGCGAUGAGUCCAGCAAUGAUGGCAGUAACUACGGUUACUCCUCCAUAGGCAGUCCCAGCGAGGUUGCAUUCAAUCAGCUGCAACGCUCCUAUCACUCUGAGGCUUCGGUCUCGCCAGCGCCCAGCUACAGCGGCGACUCAGACAUUUCUAUUGGUGGCGCCAACUAUUUACAUCCUGUCAAGUUGGAGGCGCAGCAGCAACAGCCACAUACGGCUAUGCAUGCGUCGCACUUAAAAUUCGAAGCGUUCGAUGAUUUUGCACAUUUGUCGCCCGACGAUGAGCAGCCCGACGAUGAGGAGCUCUUGGACUACAUCUCCUCAUGGCAAGAGCAAUAAGUUGCGUUGCCAGUGCAAAUCAGUGACUGAAAUAACCUGCGCAAAUACAUCUUUAAAUCAAGUGAGAGAGAGAGACAAUACAGACCAGUGGCAACUCAGGACUUUUCAUAUUUUCCAUAAAUACAAAUUAUUUUACUUUAAAGACCGUUGCGUGUGAAAAAGUUGAAUUUUUGUUCCACUUUUUGUCAAAUUUUGUAAAUAGUGCCUUGCAAAACAAACUUUUAUUGUGUUAAAGUAAACCUUUUUAUUAGUUUUAAGUUAUGGAAGACAAAUGAUUUAAAACCCUACUCAUAAGUUAAGCGCUAAUUUUAAGUAAAGGAAGACACUAAACUAAGACUAGUAGACUAAGCAAACCACUAUAAAAAGCAAACAAAAACAACAAACCAAAUAAAACAAAAUACAAUGAAAAGCAUA